AUGUAGAUGGUAGUAUUAAAAUGGAAAAAGUAUGAAGAAAUUAUUACUGAAAUAUCUUAAGUAUUAUUGACAGUGCCAAUGGGAAUUAUUUUGAAUGAUAUUUGUAGUACCUUAAUAGUAACUCUAUAACUAAUAUAAAUGAAACCAUCAAAAUUUCUAUUAUUAAAACUAUCCUAUGUUAUCAUUUUAGGGAUGAUUAUGCAUGGAUAAGUAUUUUAAAUUGUACUAAUUUGUUUGUCCUUCCUUACUAUAGCUGUUGAUAUCAAAUUAGAGUAACCUAAAUUUUAAUAUUCACCUACCUAACUCUCAAAUAAAAAACUAAGGGAGGAGAAUGAACUGGAUAAAACAGAUAAAUCAGAUAAAAUACAUCUUCAAUCAAUAGCUUAUAGUGACAAUUAAGCUGGACAUAGAACAAGUGCUAAAUGUAAAUAAUAUCUAUUUAUUAUUAGAUCAAUUUCUAUAAAUCUUAGAUGAAUUUCCUGAUGGAGUCGCUUUAAUAAUAUUUGAUGAAAAUAGAUUGCCUCAAGUUGAUUUCUGUAAUCAAACAAUGAUGAAUUUAUUACACACAACUCAAUAAGAUUUAUUGAGUUCUUUAAUGUCACUUAAGAAUUUACAUAUCAUGAAAAAGAACCAAUAAACGUAAGAUCUUGCUACUUCAAUAUCUACAUAUAAAAGUAUGUAUUCCCCUGAAAAGAAUAAAAUUGGAAUAGUUAGAUCUAUCUAUAGAGCCUCAACAACAGUUUAGAAUCCUAAGAAUGAGUAAUUCAUAAAUACAAAAUUAAGAUUUUCCAAAAAUGUAAACUUAUCAAUAAAAAUAGCCUUUCAAAAUGGCCCUAGAAUAGGCUAUUCUAUAAAUCCAUUCAUAAGAAGUUUAAUCCCUAUUAACAAAAACACAGAUUGGUUUUGAUUUACAUACAAUAUUGAAUGGAUAUACAACAUCAUAAUCAAAAAAAGAUGUCUGUAUUGAAAUUAAACUAUUUUUAUCAUAUCUCAAUGAUUAACCAUAAUUACUUAUAUUAACAAGAGAUGUCUCAUAUAAAGAUUAUAUUAAAUCGAUUAAUUAACAUAGUAAAGCAAAAUCUAAUUCAUUAAAUUUUGUUUCUCAUGAAAUUAGAACUCCUAUUAAAUGUAUUAUUUAAUUAUUAGAAGAAAUUGAAUUAAAAAAUGAUACAAUUAAGAAUGUUUUAUGGAAUUGUUAUUAUUUAUUAAAUUUCAGUCAUGAUUUACUUGAUCUAGCAUAAAUCAAAGUUGGUAAAUUUAAAUUACAUAAAAUCAAAUUUAAUUUAGAAUAAUUAAUAUUAUAAUUAUUUGAUUUAUUUAGAGUAGAAGCUAAAAGAAAUUAAAUUGCUUUGAAAUUAGAAUAUGAUUAAGAUGCUCCAAAAUAAAUAUGUAAUGAUGAUGUAAGAAUAAAAUAAGUAUUGAUUAAUUUAAUUGGAAAUGCAUUCAAAUUUACUAUUGAAGGUAGUAUAACAGUAAGUGUUAUAGAUUAAAAAGAUGGAACUUUAGAAAUUAAAAUAUCUGAUACUGGUUUUGGUAUAAGAGAAGAAGAUAAGAAAAAAUUAAUUAAAGCAUUUGGUAGAUUAGAUGAUGAUGAAACUAAAUAAUUUAAUCGAUCUGGUGUUGGAUUAGGAUUAUUAAUAAGUAAUAUGAUAUGUAAAUCUCUUUCAACUAAAGAAUCUGGUAUCAAAAUUGAGUCAGAAUUAUAUAAAGGCAGUUCUUUUUCUUUUGAAAUAGAUCAUGAAACUGUUUAUGAUACUGUCAUUAUUUGUGAUAAUGAGAGCAAUAAUGAAGAAGAAGAUUAAGUGGAUAUUGAAGCUUAACCUAGAGUCCAACGUAUUUAUUCUAAUUAAGCCUUUCGAUAGAGAGAAUUAUUAAUUAUUGAUGAUAAUCAAUUUAACAUUGAUAUAUUGAUUAAAUUAUUUAAUUCAAAAGGUAUUAAUAGAAUUGAUUAUGCAAUUAAUUGUUAACAUGCCUUGAAAAUUAUAGAUGAAAGAAUUAGAAAUCAUAUAUUUUAUAGAGUUAUUCUUUUAGAUAUUGAAAUGCCAAUUAUUGAUGGAUUUGGUACUGCAAAAAUGAUUAAAUAAUAUGUUAAUGAUACCAUGGCUACUAUGCCUGUACUUAUUGCAGUAAGUGGACAUGGAUUACAUAUGAAAUAAUAAGCAUUAAAUAAUGGAUUUGUAGAUUAUUAUGAAAAACCAUUAAAAGUAGCAGACAUAGAGGAAAUCAUCACUCGUUAUCUACAAUGA